AUGGCAGCAACAGGAAGGUUUUCAGGAGCUUAUUUGGUACCUGGAAUUCAGCAACUAUUUGUGUGUGUAGGUUCUCGAAAAUUUCAGCAAGAACAUAAUAAAAAGAAGAGUUUUGAGGAAGUUUUGUUGACUUCAAACAUAGAAGUAACAGGAAACAUGUUUAAGCGGUAUUUUUGGAAUAAAAAUGGGUUGAAGACAGGUGCUAAAUGCUGUGACAGGAAGCUAGAAAAAGAGGAGCUAGCAGCUCCAUUUCUUCCGCUGUUUUUUGUUUUUGAUGGUUUUCGUGGAGAGGGGAGGGCUGUAGGAAGGUUGUUUUUUUUUCUGGUAUGA